AUGUGGCGCCAUAACAAGGCUGACGUGGCGGACGAGUUGGCGCUGCCACCUCAGCGGCAGCUGCUGACGGUGCUGCGGUUCAGCGCCAUCGAGGCGCACUUCUACCGCCAGCAGCACGCCAAGUGCGCCCAGCGCGCGAAACACAUCCUCAGAUUAGGGGAGCGAGGGGGAGGGAGGGCAGGACCGGUCAACGGCAGAGCUGGGGAUGGGGAUGGAGAGGAGGAGGAUCAGGGAGGGGAGCGGCAGACGCAGCAGCAGCAGCAGUCGCUGCGGUCGCUGCUGCCGUCGAGUGCGUGCCGUGCCGACCUCAACAGUUUCCUGGCGUCACUGCUGCUGCUACGCCAGGCCUGCUGCCACCCCCAGGUUGUCUCGGGCGGGCUACGGCGUUUGAACUCGGAGCGACCCAUGCACAUGGAUGAAGUGCGGCAGGUGUGUCCCAUGCACAUGGAUGAGGUUCGGCAGGUGCUGUUGGAGAAGGCACGUGUGGAGGCGGAGGAAGCCCAGCGUCUCCUCAUCUCCGCCCUCAAUGGCCUCGCUGCUCUCGCCGCCAUCCACGCUCCCACCCUCCCCCUCCUCUCCUCCUCCUCGCCCCCCUCUGCUGCUUCUCCCCACCACUCUAUUGAGAACAUCGACCAGUGGGGAGCCGGGGCAGAGCAGGCCGUGGGGCUUUACCGCGAUGCUGUGCGAGUCUUGGAUGAAAAUGAGGAUGGGGCACAGCAAGUGAAUGGCGAUGGGGAUCGGAAUGAAGACGUGCAUGAUGGCGACGCAGGGGGAGCGAGUGUGUCUCUCUCCGCCCCUCACCGCGCUCGCCAGCGCAACACCCUCCUGCAGCGUCUGCACGUGCUGCACAACCUGCACGAGCUGCUCGCCUUGCUGCACUCUGCAACGGAAGGAAGCCAGGGGCACUGUGGCGUAGCGCAGAGUGAUAAGGGGUGCAGUUCGGUGGAGUCAGAUGGCAUUGGAGCAGGUGUGGUGGUUGCACGGACAGCGAGGGAGGAGAGGCUGGAAGGGGAGAUGGAGGAGGCGAUGGGGAAGUAUGUGGCUCCUUACAGGGCGCGCGCUGCUGUUGCCAAGAAGGUCUUCGAGGAUGUGCACUCACAGGCGAGUCAUGUGGGGGAAUGUGUGGAAGCCCAUGGGGCAUCAGCUCUCCUCUCCACCUCCACCUCGCGGUCAUGGCUCGCUCUCCACCUCGCGGUCAUGGCUCGCUUUCCACCUCGCGGUCAUGGCUCGCUCCCCACCUCGCGGUCAUGGCUCGCUCUCCUUGCAGCACUGCGGUCUUCUGUGCCCCCAGUUCGCACAGGUAGCAUCAUCACUCACUUGCAGCGCACGCUACUGGAUGAUGAUAGCUGCAGCAGGCUAGAGACAAUGAACAUGGCCAGCCUUGCUCUCAGCUUCCCCACGCUGCACGGCCUGCUGGUUGCGCUGGGAGAGGAAGUGGCCAGGCUGAUGGGAAGCAGGCAGGAAGUGCUGCAGCGAGUGGUGGACGCGGGCGGUAGGGUGGACGUUGAGGGCGUGGGGGGCAGUCUGGUGGCGCAGGCAGGCUCGUGUGGUCGCUGCAGUGCGGGGCAGGAGGAGAAGGGCGGGGCUGAGGAUUAUGAGGCUGAGGAGGGCGCGAGUGAGGAGGGCGGGGAUGAGGAUGGAGGGGCUGAGGGUGUUUUGGCGAGUGGAGUGGUUGGUGCGAGGGGAGCAGAUGGGGGGGAAGGCAGUGAGCUCUGCAUGCUUUGCCAAGCGCAGGACGUGUUUGAGGUGAGAUGGGUGUGCAAUCAGACGGGCACCAGGAUACAGCGUUACGGCAGUCGUCUUAUCCAGCUGCAACUCUCAUCAGCCCCUCCAUCCCUCGCCUCCUCCUCCCAUCUCACUCAGCCUCUCCACCCUACCUUCACGAGCUCUCUUGCUCCCUCUACAUCUUGCGGCCCCAUUUCCAUCUCCCAAUCGGCACUGGAAGUGCGCAAUACCCCACAGGUUCCAGCCACAACAGCAGGGUGGCAGGACGCGAAGGGGAGGGGCACCAGGGUCAGCAGGAGAGGGGGAAAGGGAGGUGCAGGGGAGGAAGAAGAGGGAGGAUCUUUGGUGGAGUGGAAACCAGCAGACACUGCAAGGUGUUUGGCCAUUCUGCCUUGGGUGCUUGCAUCACUGCCUGAUGGCAUCAUUGGAGACGAGGACCGGGGCGUUCUGGGAGCUGCAGCAUCCCGCACUUUGGAAGCUUUGAAGGCAAUGCAGAACGAGUUCCGGUUGGCCCGAGCUUGGGCCAAGGCCCAGCGAGCUGUGCUGCACGCAUUGCACAGAGUGCAAGUAGCCGCCAAGCGCACCUGCCCCUUGCGCCAAGUGGACGAAUCACGUGCUGCCAGCUCACCAAUGGACAUGGCACGUACGCGGCUCACUAAGGAGAGGCCGGCAGCAAAGGCUCAGCUUGAGGAUGCCCAGGGAAGGCUGAGGGCCUCUUCAGUGCCUUCUGCAACCAUUACCAUCACGGGCAGUGCUGCUGGCAGCAGCAGCAAGGAGCCGCGAGUCCAGUGCCCCAUGUGCCGCAGGGAGGCAGUAGCAUCGGAGAUACGAGACGUGGACAACACCACUCGCAGCGAUCGCACAGCCUUUUCCAGGUCCCCUGCUGCUAGUGCUGCUGCUGCUGCUGCUGCUAGUUCUGCUGCUGCUGGUGCGGAUGCGAAUCCGUGGCUGGAUAAGGGUGCUGCAGGGAGGGAGGGAGAGGAGGAGAUGGUGCCGGAUAAGGUGCAGAUGCAAGAGAAGGAGAUGAGUCUCUGCACGGACUUUGGGACAAAGGUGCCUUCUGCAUUGGAGCGCUUCACAUCAUCUAAUCGCCCGCCAGCCCAGUCAGCUAGUGGCAGUGGAGCGGGUGGGAGUGCAAGGUGCCGCGUGCUGCUGCUGGUUGUGGCGGUGGGGGGCAACGGGCUGAACGUGGUGGAGGCACAGCACGUGGUGUUUGUGGAGCCGGGGCUCAAUGCGGCCGCUGAGGCGCAGGCUGCCAACCGCGUGCACCGCAUCGGCCAGACCCGCCAGACCUUUGUGCACCGCUUCAUUGUAAGCCGCCCUGUUUGUUGA